AUUACAGCUUGGGUGACAACCUGCUGUCCUCUCAUCUUGCAUAACAUGGUCAAUAACCGCCUCGGACAUUCAAAGUCUCGAUUGGGGUGUGUACGGUGUAAGAAGAGACAUGUGAAAUGUGACGGAAAACGGCCCUGUUCGAACUGCGUAAAGCACGAGGUCCCUUGCAGCUUGAUUUCGGUACCUAUUGGUUUGCAAGCCUCGGAAAGGGGGUCAAGUGGUAGCCCAAGAACCCGAGAAGAACCUUCCAUUCAACAGGCCAAGUUCACUAGGAUUCGAAACCUGAUACAGAGUCUCUCCGGUGAGAUUAACCUGCUUGACGAGGAUCAAAACACUACAUGGGAUCAUAGUACUUGCCAUGAGCAGAAUCUACAAGACCUUCGGUUGAUGCACCAUUUCACCACAUCCGCGGCCCUGACUGUUGCAGACGGCCCUUCUCUUCGGGAGGCCUGGCAGGUCACUAUCCCGGAACUUUCAUUCUCUUGCGAUGGCCUCCGCCAUGACAUUCUCGCAUUUGCAGCCCUGCAUCGUGGACAUCUUUUCCCGGCUGAAAAGGACGUGUGGAUUGUCGCCGCGCAACGACAUCUGACUGCCGUCUCAGUGACUCGGGUACCUUACUCUGGCCGAGGCAGCACUGAAGAUGCAGACUGUUACUUCGUACACACCCUCUUGAAGUUUUCAAUGGAGAUUUACCGCAUAGCCCAGUCGCCUGGACCUGUUAGCGUCUCUGAUGUUUCGCAAUUCUUCACCACAUUACAUGAAUUAAGAUCCGUGUUACUGUCCGAUGUCGGCCAAGGCCUUGGCAAAGGGGCACUCGCAUCCUUAUUCGACACCGGAAUCGAAUCGUUGUCUCCCCUGAGCGAGGAGCUGGAGCUCACAUCUCGCCUCCCCCAACUCGAAAAUUUACGUAGAGGAGACACGGACUUGCAGGUGGCAGUGAUUGUUUCCAAGGUUUGUCUUGCAGCGUUGGAGAUUCUGGACAUGACUUGCCGCUCAAUGGUCACGCCGCUCAAGAACCGUGGUCUCGUAUGGUACUGGCCCUUCUUCUUCCCGGUUGACUUUCUCCACCUGUUGUCUGUUGAAGAACCUGUUUCCUGUGUUCCACUAGUUCACUAUGCAGCAUUGGUUAGAGUUAUGGAGGAGGACUUCUGGUACUGUCAGGGAUGGGGCUCAAAAAUCUGCUCUCUUGUUGCUCACAUCCUGCCUGACCCAUGGAAGGUUUGGAUUGAGUGGCCUCUUCAAUGUAUUGAACAGGGGAUUGACAUCCGGAAAAUUCAUAAGAUUUGAAGACCAUACAUGUAUUUACGGCAUCGGGGCCCGCCAAGAUGGAGAGCUCUGUUACUUCCGGUACCACAUCCGCGCAGAAUUAGUCUGUCGUAUCUUUCGCUGUAGCUGUAGAAUCCCAUACAUCAACGCCUCGCUCGUCGGCGGGCACCCCGGAACGUAUAUAUCUAC